CAUUUGCGGUUCUGCUCUUCAACAAAAAUGAAUCCAGACCGCAGUUGGAUGUAUACGAGACAUGACAGAGGCUUCCUGCCGCCUGAUUUUUUCCCUAAUCUUGAAGAGUUCGUGAAUUUUGCUGUACAACAUCCCGAGUGUAUGAGUGGGGAAGAGAUAAAAUGCCCAUGUUCUAGGACAAAAUGUAGAAAUACAAAUUUUCGAGAUGUCGAAGUUGUGAAACUACAUGUCUUGCAGUCUGGGUUUGUUCCAGAUUACUAUGUCUGGAUUCACCACGGUGAGGUGAAUGUCCCUCCUGUAGUUCAGCAGCCGGCUAAUGAAUACGAUUACUAUAAUGAGGGAGGGGGAGAUUUAAACUAUGGCCAGAGAAUGGUUAUUGAUGCUGCUGGUCCCGAAGUUUUUGAGGAAGAGACCCCGAAUGACGAAGCUCGGAAUUUUUUUGAUAUGAUGAGUGCGGCAGAAGAAGAAAUAUGGCCCGGAAAUAGCAAACACUCACCCCUGUCCGCAUCUGUUGAAAUUUUGGAUAUUAAGUGUCGACAUCAGGGGUCGAUAUCUUUGAUUGAUGACACCUGCCGUUUAUUACAAGAACUGCUUCCAGAGAACAACAAAAUGCCGAAAUUUUUUGCUAAUAUCAAGAAGCUGGUGAAAGGUCUCGGGUUGCCGGUCGAGGUUAUUGAUUGCUGUUUCCACAACUGUAUGAUUUACUGGGGGGCGGACGAGGAUUUAACCCACUGUAAAGUUUGCACAUUUCCUCGGUGGAAACCUGUAACGAAAAGCAAUUCGGCCAAAAGAAGGGCUAACGUUCCGUACAAAAAAAUGUUUUAUUUCCCUUUAACUCCGAGGCUGCAAAGAUUGUACGCUUCCAAAGCCACAGCUAAACAUAUGACAUGGCACGCUGAACAUGAAAUGGAAGACGAGAAGAUGUGUCAUCCUUCUGACUCUCCGGCUUGGAAACGGUUCAGUGAGUUGCAUACAGAUUUUGCUGACGAAACAAGAAAUAUCAGGCUAGGCUUAUGUACUGACGGGUUUCAACCGUUUGGUAGUUUUGGGAAAAAUUAUUCUUCCUGGCCAGUUAUUGUGACUCCGUAUAAUCUGCCUCCUGGCAUGUGCAUGAAGGAUGAGUUUAUGUUUCUAACAAUACUUGUCCCGGGACCCGGAAGAUUGGCAUGUCCGUAUUGUAUGGAAAAUACUGAGGCUUUCACGUUGCCCGAGAGUGGAAAACAAUCGUGGUUUGAUUGCCACAGAAAGUUUUUACCUACAGGUCACCAUUUCCGUCGGAAUGUUACCGAAUUCCGAAAAGGCAAACAAGUUAGACAUCAAUUUGGAGGUGUGAGGACUGGAGAUGAAGUGUUAGCAGAGGUGGACGGUUUGGGGUUUAAGAGGGCCUAUGAGAAUGAUGCUAAGGCUACGAAUGAUGAACUAUCUAAAGGCCGUGGUUGGAACCGAAAAAGUAUAUUUUGGGAUUUACCGUGCGUUGAUUUAAACAGUUUAAAGAUGAUGGGCAUGAAAAGUCAUGAUUGUCAUGUCUUCAUGCAACGACUUUUGCCAAUUGCUCUUCGGGAGCUUCUUCCGGCAGAAGUGUGGGAGCCUUUAACAGAGUUGAGUAUAUUCUUCAGAGAGUUAACCGCCACAUCGCUGAAAAAGGCAGAUCUUCAGAGAUUAGAGUUUGAUAUCCCGAAGAUACUGUGCAAGUUGGAACGUAUAUUUCCGCCGAGUUUUUUUGAUUCGAUGGAACAUCUCCCCGUACACCUUCCAUACGAAGCUAUGAUGGCAGGACCUGUUCAGUAUCGUUGGAUGUAUCCGUUUGAAAGAUACCUGAGAAAACUCAAAAAUAAGGUUUCGAAUAAAGGCAGAGUGGAAGGAAGCAUUAGCAGCGGAUAUCUACUGGAGGAAACAGCAAAAUUUGCAUCUUUUUAUUUCAAGGAUGGUGAUCCGAUGGUACCAUGUCGGAUGCAAAGAAAUGAAGUUUGCGAAAUGGACGUUGAUGAUGAUUUCGACAGAUUAAAUAUUUUCAAACCAAAAGGGCGACCUGUAGGUGCUUGUCGGAACAGAUAUCUGGAUGAUGCUGAAUAUGUUGCUGCCCGAAGCUACAUCCUUUUGAAUUGCCUGAAAUCGAACCUUACAGAGAGCGAGUUGUAUGAAUUCAACCCCGAAAUUACACAGACCGAAGUCGUAGUCAAAUUGGAGAGGGAAUUCGCCUUUUGGUUCGAGCAAUAUGUGAAAGACCCAACUGUCAGUACCAAUCCCUAUAUUCUAAGUCUUGCAAAGGGACCGCUUAGAUCGGUCAAAACAUUCAAGGGGUACUGUGUGAACGGGUUUAAAUUCAAUACUGAAGAAUAUGGGGAGGAUCGGGUCACAAUGAAUAGCGGAGUCUGUGUAAAAGGAUCACUCUACGGCCCAGCUGAAAGCGACUUUUAUGGAGUGUUGACUGACAUUAUUGAGUUAGAGUAUCCAGCUCUACCAAUAAAGAGGACGGUUUUAUUUAAAUGUAAUUGGUUUGAUCCUACAAAAACGGUUGGUAUGUUAGUCCAUCCUCGGUAUAACAUAGUGGAUGUUAAUCACAGAAGGAGAUACAACAAAUAUGAACCUUUCAUUUUAGCUGAACAGUCCGACCAAGUACAUUACUUACCUUAUCCUAGCAAAAAGCGGGACAAGAAAGAUUGGUGGGCAGUAUGCAAGAUAAAAGCUCGCUCUGAGCUAGACAUGCCUGAAACAACUGUUCCAGCUUUCCAAGAUGAUAGUGCAGAACAUCCGCUUGAUGUCAUAACGAAUGACGACCCGACAAAUUUAGUUGAUCCGAAUGGCGAGGCGGACGAGGCUGCAUUACACAACCCUCCAAUAGUAGAGACGGAAGAUGAUUAUCCACCAUCCUCAUCAGACGAUGAUGACAUUGGAGCGGAAGAUGAUAUAGAAAUUGCAUGA